GUACCGUGUAAAGUUGCAACGCGACAUUCAGCACACCAACCAAUUCGACUACCGCACAAACAUCACGAUGACAAUUGUCCAGGGCCACUGCGAUCAGCAGUUCUCGGCACUCGAAGAGUUGUUCGCCUCCAAACUCGCAAAUGGCGACGAAUUAGGCGCCAGCAUUGUCAUCAACGUCAACGGCACCAACGUUGUCGACAUAUGGGGUGGUCACGCCGACGCCGCUCACUCGCAGCCGUGGACCCGUGACACCAUCACCAACGUAUGGUCGUCAACCAAAACUAUUGCCGCGCUUGCCGUGCUCAUAGCUCACGACCGCGGCCUCCUUGAUGUCGAUCAGCCCGUCUCAAAGUAUUGGCCUGAAUUCGCAGCAAACGGAAAAGAGAGUGUCCUCGUCCGCCACGUUCUCUCGCACUCUUCAGGGGUCUCAGGGUGGGAGACUCCCCUCUUGGGGGAGCAGGUCGCAGAUCUCACUCUCACGACUUCUCUGCUCGCACAACAGGCGCCCUGGUGGGAGCCCGGAACCGCCAGCGGGUAUCAUAUGGUAAACUUUGGGCAUAUGUUGGGCGAGCUGAUUAAACGUGUGACUGGACUCUCCAUGAAAGACUUUGUCGCGAAGGAGAUAGCCGGUCCCCUGAACGCAGACUUCCAGAUCGGCGCCCUGGAAAAGGACUGGGCGCGCGUGGCAACCCUAAUCGAGCCGCCCCCAGCAAACAUUGACUUCUCCAAAAUGGAUCCAAAAGGACCAGCACUCAAAACCUUUUCCAAUCCCCUACUGAGCGUUCCCACCGUAGCAGAAAGCUGGUGGCGCAAAGCAGAUCUGCCCGGCGUUAAUGGACACACGAACGCGCGUGGUCUUAACACGAUUCUCUCCGCCAUCUCCAACGGCGGUGUCGUGAACGGGAAGCAAGUCCUGUCUCAAAAGACCAUCGACCUCAUCUGGCGCGAGCAAACCAGCGGUCCCGAUCUCGUCAUCGGACUCCCGCUUCGCUAUGGCAUCGGGUAUGGUUUGGGGGGCGGCGCGACGGCGCAGUCGCUGCCGUGGUUGGCAAGCGAGGACUUUUGUUUCUGGGGUGGGUAUGGGGGGAGUUGGGAGGUAAUGGAUCGCAAGCGACAUGUGACAUUUACCUAUGUUAUGAAUAAGAUGGGGAGCGGGAUUUUGGGAAACGAACGAACGGUUGAAUAUGUAGAGCUUGUAUGGAAAAUCUUGGGUGAGGCUAUCAGUACCAAGUAGCUUAAUGUCGAGUUCGCUAGCUGAUGUCGAAGAUGGAAGCUUCUGCUCCUAUAUUUCCUCGCGACUGCAUGUCUUGACUUAUUUACAGUUUCUUACCUAGACCUUACAUCACUGUCUUGAUAAUGCGAAGUAGAUAUUGCAAUGGUCCCAAGCG